CCCACGGUGUACCCAUGCCCAGGGGUUCAUCAGUCUCAGCCUGAGAAAUCUGAGCACUGCUCUAGGAGAGCAGCACACGAGUUUGACACUUUAGCACAGGAUUUUGAUACGGUAGCACGGGAGUUUGCUACCGGUUGUUUGCUUUUUCCCCAUGACCGUUUGCCCUGAGGCAAAGCUCUUUCAGGCCCCAAAGCCCCAUCUCCCUGGCACUCUAGUCAGUCCCCAGGGUUAUGCGCCAGUCUUAUGGCUUUGCCCGAAAAUCUCACCAAAAGCAUCACCUUUACUAGAUGGGAUUAAUUGCUUCAGUUGCACCUACUCCUCUGGAGCCAUCUGUUUGCAAGUAGCUACAUUCUCCCUGAUGUUGCUCUGGUAGAGCCCUGAGUCUUUGGACAAGCUCGUGGAUAAAACAUGGGGUUCCAUGAAGCACAGGAGCUAUUCCUCAAAGGCUUCCCAUGGGGAACUGAGGUGCAUCGGGGUUUGCUGGAUCUUUAAGAUCACAGCCAGAAGGGGCAGCUCUAAGCAGUGCCAGUGUGAGCGCUGUAGCCUGGUGCUGGUGGUGGGGACAGCGGACGUGGGAAUUGGGAGAAAUUAAACUAGAUGGAUAAACGUGUGUUGGCCAGCACAAGGCACUGCAGGUUGCCCAGUUUUUAUCCUUUGUUUCUGCACAAGUGUUUCUCCCAGCUCUAGGAAAUGUCCCAAUGCUCUUCCUGUGCUUUUAGACCCACAUUGGGUCAGAGGUCCGGUUUGGAGUCGUGUUGGCGCAUUGCGGAGCAGUGGAGUGGAGCGGAGCGUGGGUCAUCCAGCCAGCUUCAUGGCCAGAGCCGUUGAAGCUGGAACUGGAGCUACUGUACCUGAGCCACAGCAUCUCCAGGGGGUUAGCCCAUACCUGGGGUGUUGGAGACUUGGAUGUAAACCCAGUUCUGGCCAAUCAUGAACACCGAGGAGAUGUGCUGCUUCGUUAUUGCCCAAGUAGGAACCCGUUUUCACCUUCAAAAGUGGUCAAGCCUGAAAAUCAGCAGUUGAAGCCUGUGGGUUGCUGUCUUGGAGGUAAUGCAUUGAGGUGCAAACAAUGCAUUUUUGGCAGUAUUAUGGAUAGUAGCGAGCUUUGCUGUGGGAAGAUGAGCAAUACUGUGGCCUAGCGGUCUCCUCGGAAAAGACCUGGAUGCUUCCAGAGGUUGCUGCCUCUUCCAGAUGCCGGAGGAACAAACCUUGCAAGCUGCACCAGCCGGGCUUUGAUAACUCAGCUUCACAGGUGACUGGAGCCCUCCUGUCUGCUUGUCACUAAACCCAGGAGUGCUCCUGUGGCCUCUGCCAGCCCGACAAGGCUUCUGUGGUCGUCCUCUAACUGAGGCUUAGGCUGCCCUGUUGUGAAGCUACAAGGAAUUUAAUUACAUGUGGUCAGAUUUUGCAGGUGCUUGGACCUUUGAGAUCAAUCUUGGCUUGUUCAUGUUGCAAAAAUUCUCUGUGGCUGUAGCUGAAUACAUGCAUAUGUGUUUGCAGGAUCGAGGGAAAGCUGCUCACACUAUAUACCUUUUCUUGAGAUCAUUUCUGCCAUUAGGUGAAAUGAAGACACGUUUCUAAGGGGCUCAGUCUGUUGAUAAAUGAAGUCCAUUGAUAAUUUCCAGCGAAUAAUUUUUACCCAUCUUUCUGAAGUGCUCAUUCAAAAGUUGGUGUCUCUCUGGAUUUUUUUGGAUUACUUGGAAAGUAUUAGCUCAAACUAUUUUUUUUAUAAGGUCACAAAUAUGAGCAAUAUAUUUAAGUAUUAUUAUAGACAUAGUUUUUUAAGCUGUUCAAAUGAACAAUUAAAAUUAAAGUGUAAAGGAAAUAUGUUCCAUGCCAAAACCUUUUGACGAAGGAAUGGUGUCAGGUUAUUUAUGAGGAAUGAGUGCUCUUGUUUAUAAUUCCAGAAUUUUAAAAAGUAAGAAGUUUUCCAGGGUUGUAUGCAAUCCAUAUCUGUCUUCUGGGAGUCAAUAAAACACUGCUUGGCUUCCUUCACUUGCUUGUCCCUUUUUUGUGCAGCUGUUACGUGGAAAGAAGUUGGGAGGCAGAGCUGUGGUUGCCGGUGCUCCCGUGUUCCUCACAAAUCACUGUCACUGAGCACCAAUGGAUAGCGAUGUAUAUAAUGUGGAGUGACUGCAUAAGAUAAGGCAGCUCAGCUUCCAGCAGCUGCCGAAUUUUGUGGCUGACUUUUGUGUUGGGAGAAAAGCCUGGGCUGGGUGGAUGGGACUUGCAGGGCUGCUCUGAGAGCGGCUUCGGUUCUUUUAAUUGUGGGUUUUUUCAUAUUUUUGAUUGCACACGAGUUUUUGUUUCAGGAUCUUCAAAGGACUUGAAAUAAAUAAUAACAACUUUAACGUUGAUAAAUACUUGAAAUCUAAUUUAAGCUGUUUUUCUCCAGAUGACGUUCUAGUGAUGAUAAAGUUUGUAGGUUCGUAAAAUAGAUAAUUUUAAUUAUAGAUGUUUGAAAUAUAUAUGAUCGCUUUAAGAAGAUUUGGGCCUAAAGACUCACGCUUGAAAUAUCGGUUACAGCCGUACUCAGGACCUGGUAAUAAUUAUAGAUUAUUUCUUACCGCUUGUGUGUGAAGCGUAUUGUGUGUAGGAGUUUGUUAGCAACUGUUCUCACCCUGGUGUAGCCGGUGAUGGUGACUCUGCCUAUGUGGGGACAUACAGCAGCGGGGUUUCUGUACCUAUGGCCAUUUUGGUCUUCUCAUCUUGGAGAAAUUUUUUCACGGGUGGUUACUACGUAGGAAACUCAAGAGUAAGAAGAUUUUUGUGUGCCAUGCCUCCGUGCAUGCUCUAAAUCUGAAAUAACUUGCAGCGGUAAGUCUAAGGAUCUCGUGUUGCAUUUCAUGAGUCCAGUUCUGUGCUGUUGACCCAAGGGCAAAAGUAAAUCUCAUCCUGCUCGCUCGGUGAAAACACGCGUGAAAUGAAGCUGUUGGUUCCGAGUCCUCGGUGGCACGAAGCAGAGUGUGUCCCCCACGGCAGAGCAGCGCUGCCUUUUGAAACCAAGCUGUCUUCUUAAAAAAUAACCAACUAGGAGCUGAGAAUCAGUUCUAAGAGUUGCUCAGUCAUGGUCACCAAAUGUUUCAGUUUGUUUUGUUUUGUUUUUUAAAAUAUCAAUAAUUUUAUAACUAGCAAAGAUGAUUAUUGCCAUUCCAUAAAUUAGGUUUUAAGGCUUGGGAGGCUCAUGCUUGCAGGCAAGCUGUGUUUUGGAUUCUUUGCAUUUUGAUUGUCAUAAAAUGUCCACUGAGAAAAUGAUCCCAAAGUUGAACUGAAGAGGAAGCAAAGCUACAGUUCAAGUAUACUCUUAGAACAAAAUUUUUAUUUAAAACCUAAGAACCCAGAGAAAUAAAACACAUAAAAUUAAUUAUCCUGUCUCAGAAUAGACUUUUUUUAUUUUUGCUGGGUUUGUUUUGUUUAUUUUGUUUGGUUGGGUUUGUGUUGGUUUUGGUUUGAUUGCUUUUUUUGGUUGGUUGGUUUGAGGUUUGUUUUUUAAUACCAAGUGAUUUCAGUUGAGUUUGAAGGUUUUCAUCUUGGCUUAACGUGCUCCUGUUUGGAGAGGAGCUGGUGUUUAUCCCAGGGUUACCUGGAGCCUGCAGGCACAGGUUUUGAAAGGGACAAGAAGUGGAUUUUAGAAGUGACGCUGCACUCAGUGCCGCAGUUCUCUUUAUGGAAACAGCUGGUCCAGAGUACUUGCAACAAUUUUGGGCUGGCCCCCCCAAAGGAGGAAGGUUGUGUAGGUCUCUGUGGAGGGUAUAUACAGCCACAGGGUGUGUGGUGUUUCAUCUCUAGCAAGGUGUUUGUCCCUAAAACACACCUGGGUGGAUAAAACCCAAGUUUCUCCGUGGGUCAUGUCAACACAGAGUGUUUUUCAGAAGCUUUGCAGCCAAAGGUCUGUCCAGUUGCCUGUUGAUAAGUGGGCUGUUAAAUGUGCCAAUGGCAUUGGCGUGUGCAGGAGUGAGUUUUAUGGGUAGCUAGAUUUUUGGUUUCUUCAGUCGUUCUGGAAAAGGAGAAUUAAGAGCCCUGUUUGCUGCCAGUACUGAGGGCAGUGGGCAUCAGCAGGUGUAAAGAUUUAAAGAAUUUCUGUUCUCUAGAGGUGAAGAUCCACAGCUGAGGUCACUGCAGUGGUUUUUUACAUUUUUAGUGUGUUCAUCAUCAUCAUACCUAUAUCUUUUUUGUUGUAGUUCAGCUGAGGCAUCUUUAACAAGUUUAAGACCAAAUGUGUGUGUGAAUAUACAAUUAUACAUGUAUAUAUAGCUGUAUAUUGUUUGCAUUAGGCAGUUGUUCUUCCCGUGUGAUAGUGUAAAUACAUUAGGUUUACCUACCUGGUGUAAGGAUAUUAAAGAACACUCUCAGAUACUGCCCUUUGUACUUAUUUUCUCUAUUUAUAAACUCAACUUUGAAGACAAGACCUGGUUUUAUCUCUGGUUUGUCGCUUUCCUUACAGAACACUUAUUCCUAUCCUGGUGUCACCACUGAAGCACAACCCAUCAGUUGAUUAUUCCAGGCUCUGACUCUUUUGCAUACUACCUUGCAUUGUUUAAUUAACGUUUGUGCAGAGAUUUAAAAAUACAAGAGCUAUAUCAUUGCUAAGUUUCACCAUUGUUUUUGUAUAUUGAUAUCACUAGUGGCAAACUAAGUGGAAUGUCACAAAACAUCGUGGAUGCUGUUAAAAUGGUGGUUUGGGUUGCAUCCUAAAGAGCUAGUGAGGAAGUAAUCUGAGGGAACACUUCUGAAGCUGCCAGCUUGACCUCUGAAAUGGCAGUUUUGCAAAGAGAAAGGAGGGAGGGAGGGAUUGUAGGCUUGGAAACACCUGGCACGGCCUUGCAGAGGUAGUGGCAGCAACGGGGUGGAAAUGGAAGCUCUGGAGGUGGGAGCUGCCCGCUCUGCCCAUGGGACACCAUGGUGUUGGUGAACACAAAUGUAGCCUGUUCAGUCACAUUGCUCUGGCUGAACAAAUGCUAUCAGUGAUAUUUGUAAAUAAGUUACUGAUACCCCACUGCCCGAUGUGGGGUGCACGGGGCUCCCUGCCACCCUCUGCCUCCCCUGGCCUUCCGAAGAGCUGGUGGGGUGGCCCUGGGCGGAGGGGUUCCUGGUGUCCCUGUGGAUCCGGGCUCUGACCUUGGCUCUGUUCCUCUCUGUUCCAGCCGUUCAACACAGGACAAAGGACAGCAGCCCCUACGUCCAACGCCAGGCACUUCGCACUCUGCCCCUGCUCAGAGCUGCAGUGGCAAAUGGCUCCUCCAGAUCCAGGCUGCAGGAACUGCAGAGCCAACUCCACCAGGCGUGGAGGAGGCGGCGGCCUUCUCUCUGGGGCAAUGGCUGGCUGUGCUGCUGGGGCUCUGCGCAGGACUGAUCCCAGCACGGCCAUGUGCUCUUCCUUCAUUAAACAGUUUAUUAGAGUGUCUGAACCUGCAGAUCUCGAGUUACUGCUCUUCUGCAGUUCUGUCUCCAACCGGUGGGUCUUGCUUUGGCCCCCAGGGCAUUGAGGUAGAGGACAGAAAGGGUACUUGUGCUCAGCAACCAUUGCCCAGGCAAGCAGUGUAGUAGACAAAGAGACCAGAAACCACUCUUCACUUGGUUCUUCUGCUGAAGCCUUUAAUGCUUCCAACAAGAGCAGAGCCCAGAGCUGUGGGCUGAAAUACUUGUCCUUGGAGAUGUCCACAAACGUUCUCCCCACCGUGACCUGCCAUUUGUGCCUCUUUAGCCGGAUCCUGUGGAGCUCCUUUGGUGCUGUGUCACUAUGGGGUGGGUUUGCUGGGCUGGGGGAGCCCCUGUGGCACGUGUCACUCCUGUGGCACCGUGUCACAGGGCCCUUUGUGACCCGCCGUGAUAAGGGUGCUGGUGGCACAGCAACCACCUCACUGUGCCCGGAGGACACGACGGGACAGGACAGGAGCGAGAGGAGCUGCCAGGAGCCCCUGUGCAGACGCCUUGUGCCCUGUUGAUCCGUGUCUGCUGUCUACAGCGCUUUUCCUACACGUCUCCCAUCCCUGCAGCAGGAGCCCUUGAGGCCAGACAGCAGCGGGAUGACGUGGAGACCCCCAUUCACACCCAGGGUGGUCUGGCUGAAUGACGAUAGUGAGGAUGAGGACGAGGAGGAGAAGGAGGUUGAGGCUGCCCCAGCAUCGCAGCAUGAGGAGGUGCAGGAGCACCAGCUGCUGCAGGCAGAUCCCAGCUGGGAGCUGCCAGAAGAGGAGCAGAAGCAGGAAGACACCCAUGUCCUGCACAACCCCAGAGCAAAGCUGUUUUGGGAAACUGUCCACCCCAAAGACUGUGAAGGCUCCACUGUCGAGCUCGCUGAGGCCAUGACAGAAGGACAAUCCUACGACGCGGAGGCUGGUGCUGCUCUGCUGGAUAUGCUUGUGGAAAGCGAGGUCUCCACUUUGAAGCAGGUGCCCAGGAUUGUGCGGUGCAUCCACCGGUGGUUCAUGACCAACACGGACGAGUCAGUUGAGCACAGCCUGGACAACACCCUUGUGGAGCUCACCGACGCGCACCCCCAUGAUGUGGUGGUGGCCCUGCUGCGCUGUGCCCCAUCGUGCGACCGAGCCGCUGCAGCCAUGUGGAGGAUGAUGGUCACCACCAGCAUGACCACAAAGAAGGUGUUCCGGGAGCUGCUCUGCGUGCUGGAGGACUGGCCGCUGCACAGCACGUCCACCUGUGACGGGGACCAACAGGACGUCCUUGCCCUGGCUGCAACCAGGGCUCUGUGGGAGAUACUUCAAAUGCCCAGGUUCCCAAGAGGGCUGAAGGUGUAUUUCCCUCGCCUCCUCCUGGCUCUGCUCUUCCAAGUUGUGUACAGCACAGAGCAGAUGCCAGACGAGGUGGAUACUUUCUGGAGGGAAUGCCAGGAGGAAGGCGGCCUUCCCACCAGCCCCAGCAGGUUUAUAGUGCUGACUGUGAAAGCACUGCUCUGCCGUCUGGGCUACAGGCUUGUAGCCUUUGAAGUGGAACGUAAGCGUGGCUGGGACACGCUCCUCCACGCUGAGACCCACCACUGCGCAAUGGGGCUGCUGGCCAGAGAGAUCCGUGUUGUCUCAAGACACCUCAAUGCCUCUGUGGCGUCCUACCUGGUCGAGCUGCUCAGCAGGAAUGAGCCCCGCUGUGAGCUCCCUGCCAUGGCGUUCCUUGUGGAGAUCCUGGCCUCCCCUGGCCCAAAUGUAAGAGCUGAGAGCUUCCUGCAGCUGGUCCCAAGAUACCUGCAGAGCAACUGCAGCAUAAUGCGUUCGCUGGUGCUCAAAGGCCUCACCGUGAUCUGCGACACACCGUGGAUGGUCCCAAAAAUGCGGUUCCUGGUGCAAAGACUCACGGAUCUACUGCAAGACGCAGAUAUGGAUAUGGUCAGGAUGACCCUGUCUGUGCUCAGGAAGGUGGUCCGUGACCCGAGCGUCCCAAUUUCCACCCCCAUCGCUCUGCAGCUGGCUGAGAGGCUCCAGCCACUCUUUGACAACGAGUCCUGGUAUGUGCGACAGCUCUCCGUCAGCAUCUUUAAAAAGGUGAUAGAGCGUGUAGCAAAUGAUGGAAAAAAGCUGCUGAAGACGCUUGUGCACCAGAGCCUGCUCCCCCUGAUCUUCCACGUGUUUGAUGAGAACAAGGCCGUGGCAGCGACCUGUAGGGAUACCCUGCUGCAAGCUACCGCUUUCCUGAAGAAGGAGAAGCUCAGGCAGGCGGUGUUAAGGGAUCAGCAGACAGAGGCGAUCGGCGAGUGCCUGCUGGUAGAGUGCCGCAGCAGAGCAGCAGAGUACCUGCGUCAGACCCUGACGUACAUGCAGAGCCCACAGGACUCCAUACGAGAGGCAGCCGUCGCGUUCCUUGGUGAGGCACAACCCCCCAGGGUCCCUCCCAGCCGUGCUGCAGCUCAGCCCCAGCCCCGGGUGCUGCACGGGCAGCAGGAUUCGGCCCAGUGGCUCUGGAGCCGCCACUGCCCGAUGUGGGGUGCACGGGGCUCCCCGCCGCCCUCUCCCUCCCCUGCCCUUGGGCAUCACGCUUGGGGCAGAGCCCGGGCUCAGCCCUGCCAGGGGCAGGGGCGCCUGUGGCCGGGCUGCUGUGGGGGAGCUGCGCUGCUGGGGCGAGCAGGAGCGGUGACGGGCUGUGUGUUUCCAGGGGUCCUUGGGCAGCACAUGAGGGCUCAGCCGGAGAAGUUCCAGCUCGUCUACCACGCCGUUCAACACGCGACAAAGGACAGCAGCCCCUACGUCCAACGCCAGGCACUUCACACUCUGCCCCUGCUGAGACCUGCAGUGGCAAAUGGCUCCUCCAGAUCCAGGCUGCAGGAACUGCAGAGCCAACUCCGCCAGGCGUGGAGGAGGCGGCGGCCUUCUCUCUGGGGCAAUGGCUGGCUGUGCUGCUGGGGCUCCGCACAGGACUGAUCCCAGCACCGCCAUGUGCUCUUCCCUGAAUAAACAGUUUAUUGAGUGUCUGAACCUGCAGAUCUCGAGUUACUGCUCUUCUGCCCUUCUGUCUCCAACCAGUGGGUCUUGCUUUGGCAUGGGAGAAGAAGAGAAAAAGGGUUCUUGUGCUCAGCAACAACAGUUGCCCAGGCAUGCAGCGUGGUAGGAAAAGUGACCAGAAAGCCCUUUGCCCCUUGCUUCAUCUGCUGAAGCCUCUAAUGCUUCCGACAAAGCCCUUGCGCAGAGCCCGGAGUUGUGGGGAUCCCUGAAAAACUUGUCCUGGGAGAUGUCCACAAAUACUCUUCCAGCCGUGACCUGCCAUUUGCUUCUUGCUGACGGGAUUGUUGAGGGGUCCGAGUUGCCUCUUUAACCGGCUCCGGUUUCCUGUUUCCAGGCAAAAUGCUGCCAUUUGUGUCAAAAUCAGUGUUUAAAAUCUAUUUUGUUUUUCAAAGGGAGCUGUUACGGCAUUCUCUCCAGAAUUUGAAAUUUAGUUUUGAUGUCCUCUACCUCCUGUGCUCUACACAUUAUGUUUUGUCAAUCUACAGGUUUUUAUCCUUUGUUUCUGCACAAGUGUUUCUCCCAGCUCUAGGAAAUGUCCCAAUGCUCUUCCUGUGUUUUCCUUGUACUGUUUCCUAGAGUCUUUUUUUGAAGAGAUGUGUUUGAAACCCUGAGUAAUGCAUCUUUGUGCCUUAGUAGCAAGCACUGAGCCCAAGUGAUUUAAAGCAAAGAUGGCCGGAGCUCUCUGCCUCUCUGGGGCUGGGAUGUCAGGGGGGUUGGUUGCUGCAGGAAGGCUGUUUACCCUGCAUUCUUCCUAAAUUGCAGUGGAGGCACAAGGUGUGGUGUACCCACGGUGUACCCAUGCCCAGGGGUUCAUCAGUCUCAGCCUGAGAAAUCUGAGCACUGCUCUAGGAGAGCAGCACACGAGUUUGACACUUUAGCACAGGAUUUUGAUACGGUAGCACGGGAGUUUGCUACCGGUUGUUUGCUUUUUCCCCAUGACCGUUUGCCCUGAGGCAAAGCUCUUUCAGGCCCCAAAGCCCCAUCUCCCUGGCACUCUAGUCAGUCCCCAGGGUUAUGCGCCAGUGUGGCAGAUGGCAACCCCCCUCCCUCUUUUAAUAUGGCACAUCUUCCCCUUUCUCUGCUAUUUGAGGCUAACAGCUUCUUUUGUUUGGCCCAGAGCACCCUGGCUCCUGGGACAUUAGCAGAAGGGAGUGCCAAGGCACACUGGGCCGCGCCCAGUGUGGGGGAUGUUUGAGGGCUUCAGGGGCACCCACACUCAGUGUGGGGGGUGCAGAGAAGCUUAUACAAUGCCUACAGUCAGGUCUGAUCAGAUAACAAAACGGGACUCUCGUCGAGACUCCGCCCAUUGCCGCGGGUCUCUUGGAGCACGAGCUUAGCCACUGCCGCCACGAGAGCCCCCCUCCCCGGGAUGGAGACUCCGCUUGCCUCGCCGCCACGGUGUAAGUAAAACUUCUCGCAGGAUUGCGAGUAUAUUUUCUUUCCGUGCACACUUGCACAAGUACUUUAUUUCCUCGCACAAUCGCGAGUAUAUUUUCCUCCCGUGCUUCCACAUACGCACGUGUAGGAUUCCGUGCACAUUUGCACGUGUAAAAUAACUCUCGCAGGACUGCGAGCGUAUUAUAAAUUUACUCUCGCGACAUCGCGAGUGCACACUUUCCGUACUCACUGCGAGUACGUGUAUCUCUAUAAAAAUAAUCCCAC